AUGAAGGUUAAUAUUCUAUUUGGUUAUUUGCUUCCGGUUGCUACUUAUGCUUAUACGCUGGAUAGCACCGCACCUUGGCAAGUACAGGAUUGCUCCAAAUUUGCCUCCUCACUUCAAAGCAUAGGUGAUGGCGUAACGAUCUCAAAUUCUAGCUAUAUACCCCCAAACUCCUUGAACAUUAGCAGCAACAAGGUCAACGAAUAUCCGUUAUGUCGCCUAUCCGGUAAAGCCCCGUACCCCGGGAACAAUUCGGUCAUUUUCGAACUCUGGCUGCCUGCUGCCGAGAGGUAUAACGAUCGAUUCCUCGUCGUAGGCAAUGGCGGCAUGGCGGGCGUCGUCGCCGAGAGCGAUAUGAUAGACAACCUCAACGAAGGAUACGUAGUCGCGGGCGGUAACUCGGGUCACUUGGCUUCUGAGAACAACGAUGGCAAUGGCGCGCCUGGUGUAUACUUACCGUAUCUACAUGACGAGGAGCAGAUCAAGUCGUGGAUACACGAUUCGAUAGUACGGUUUACUCCGGCAGCGAGGAACAUAACCACCGCGUUCUACGGGAAAGCGCCCAGAUACAGCUAUUAUAAGGGAUGUUCAACAGGCGGUGCCCAAGGCUUCGCGUUAGCACAGUUCCAUCCGAACUUAUUCGACGGGAUUGUCGCGGGAUGCCCGGGUAAUUGGUAUUCCCAUCUCGCGCUCUCCUUUCUCUGGAACUCCCAAGCCACUCAGGGUCCUAACUCUCUAGCUCAAACUGCCCUUGAUCUCAUAACCCAGGCUGUUCUAGCAAAAUGCGACGCUAUUGACGGAGUCGAAGACGGCGUCCUUGAAAACCCCCUGGCGUGUGACUUCGAUAUCUCGACACUAGCGUGCGAGCCCUCGGAAACCAACUCGGCUACUUGUCUCAUGCCAAACCAACUAUCAGCUGCUCGUAAGCUCUACGCGGGCCCCGUCGACUCUCGGACCAAUGCGUCUCUAUACCCAGGGUUCUCGUUUGGAAGCGAAACGGAGUGGGCAGUGCAAGAAGGGAUUCUUGCCGACGUAUUCUCAAUCCCGAUCCUACAGAACAGGGUUUUCGACAACUUAUCCUACGACGCCUCGACUUUUGACUGGGCCGCGGAUGUCGAUGCAGUGGACGACAGAGUCGGCAGGCUCAUCGACGAGAUCAGCCCGGACCUAUCCGGAUUGAAGACCGCUGGCUCUAAGAUGAUCGUGUACCAAGGCUGGGCGGACCCGUUCAAUGCCGCUACGUGGCCGAUGCAGCAUCUCCACCAGAUCGAAGACUUUUUCGGCGGCGACGUGAGCGACUGGUUUCGGUUAUUUAUGGUGCCGGGUGGCGGACAUUGCGGUUCGGCCUCGAAUUAUCCGCAGGUCCCGGGAACGUGGCAUGCGCUUGAGGCGAUUGUGCGAUGGGUUGAGACGGGAGAGCCGCCAUCCGAGAUGAUUGGGACUAACCCUUCUGACGGGAACUUGAAGGAUAAGACGAGUAAGCUCUGCCCUUGGCCACAGACUGCCCAUUUGCGAGGCAGCGAUGUAAACGACUGGAAUUCAUAUGUGUGCGAAAGUUGA